AUGGCCACAGGCACGGGUGUCUCCUCAGGACGCUUGAAAAGACUGUCUGGGCCAUGUGCAACACCUAGGCUGGAGGAGGCCCUAAGUGUGCUGGGGCUGGAGGGAGAACGCGAGUAUGCUGGGGACAUCUUCACUGAACUAAUGGUGUGCGACACACUGCCUGGGAGAGCCCUGCCUCGCAAAGUGACUCCGGAGAUGCGCGCCCUAGUGGUGGACUGGCUGGUCCAGGUGCACGAGUACCUGGCUCUGGAAGGGGACACACUGUACUUGGCUGUGCACUUGCUGGAUUCUUACCUUCGAACGGGCAGAGUGCGCCUUCAGCGACUGCAGCUGCUGGGGGUGGCUUGUUUGUUCCUGGCGUGCAAAAUGGAAGAGUGCGUGUUGCCAGAGUGCGCCUCCCUCUGCCUCCUGAGUGCUGGCUCCUUCUCUCCGGCGGAGCUUCUGCGUGCGGAGCGUCGCAUCCUGAACCGCUUGAAUUUCCGGUUGUACUAUCCAUGCCCAUUGCUCUGCCUUAGACUGCUGGCUGCUCUGGCCAGGAGCAGCCCCCAGGUGCUGCUGUUUGCUACCUACUUCCUGGAGCUGUCCUUGUUGGAGGCUGAGGCAGCAGCUUGGGAACCAGGUCGUCGAGCCGCUGCAGCUCUGAGCCUGGCGCACCGCAUGCUUGGUGCGGCCUCCAGGUCAGGCCCCACGAUUUACAGGUAAUGGCCUUUGGUGGAGGCGGGUAGUG